AUGCUCGUUCCAGUGAUGGACGCUCGGAACCGUCUCGACGCUCAGCGCCGUGGUCGGGGUCAGUUCGGGCAGGCAGUAUCGGUCGACAAACCUCAAAACUCUUUUGCGCCCCGCCCCGCCGAUCGGUCGGCAGGCGGGACGGAUACGUCAUGUACAGAUCGAAUCGGAUGCGCCCUCACCAAGAAUAGCGCAGGCCUACAAAGAUUGGCGACAUUCGCGGUGAAGCUCAGCCCCCUCCAUCGCCAGGCUGACACGGCCGAGAUCAUAGCCCAGCAUCAGGUCGGCCAGCCAAUAAUCAGGCGACUGAAACGGCGGACGACGGUGCCCCGCCGCCGGUCGUCGCGGUGCCGUCCGGUCGCCGACAUAGCGCACACCGGCUCCCAAGCUCAGGCCGCCCAGCGCACGGGCCGACACCCGCCUUGCCGAGAUCAUAGGACAGGAAGCUCGAUGCGCUCCAUUGCGGCACGCCCAGCGGCCGGGUGCCGCGGUCGUUAUAAGUCGUCGGCGACGAUCACGUCAAGCCUGGCGCCACCGUGCCGCGCCCGUCAGCUCGAUACCGCGCACCGAUACCUCGCCGGUCUGCACCUGCGAGUUGCUGGGGAUAUUGCCUGUGCCCGCGCGCGGAUCGGCGACCGGCAACGUUGCGGCGACGCAGAUCGAAGGCGGACAGGGUGA